UUCAACCCUGUGAUUGGCUGACUUCUCUGGAGCGUUGCUUCAGGUUAGCUGACAUAUCCUCGAUUCCUCGCGUUCCUUCAUAGCCGAUAAGCUAGUGGUGCUGAUGCUGUGACAAUGGAAAUCUUCCAAGAGGGCGUCGUCUAACCUGAGUGUGACAGAAGGGACGUAGAGGCAGCCGGACAAAGACACGAGGAGGAACCCUCCGCUGCGUGGCCAGAUGCGCCGGAAGUGCAGCUGCCUGCUAAUCGUGCUCGUGGUGGGCCGACUGCGUUGCGGACAGAGCUGGUCUAAGGAUUUUAUCUAGAGUGAUGGGGGCUUUCAGCCGACAGAGGUUUUUCCAGGAGCUCCCUCACGGCUGCCUGCUGCCUACAGCCCAGCAGGGCCUGGAGCAGGUGUGGCAGCUGCUGGUGAUCUGCCUGCUGUGUCGACUACUUUGGAUGUUGGGUCUCCCUUCAUUUGUGAAACACUUGAGCACAGUGGCUGGAGGCUUCUACACCCUCUACCUAUUCUUUGAGCUCCAUAUGAUCUGGGUGGUCCUUCUCAGCCUUCUCUGCUACCUCUUCCUCUUCCUGUGCCGCCAUUCCACCAUCCGAGGCACCUUCCUCUCCAUUACUGUGCUCAUCUAUUUGCUUCUGGGAGAGCUUCAUAUGAUGGAUACCACCAACUGGCACAAGAUGAGAGGCUCACAGAUGGUGGUCGCCAUGAAAGCCAUCUCUUUAGCCUUCGAUUUGGACAGGGGAGUUGUGGCCAGCGUUCCCUCGCCCAUUGAGUUCAUGGGCUAUAUUUACUUUGUGGGCACUGUGAUCUUCGGACCUUGGAUCAGCUUCAACAGCUACAAAGAAGCUCUGGAGGGACGUAAGCUGAGCUUAGCGUGGCUUUGGAAAGUGUCUGUGAGCUGGGUGAAGAGCCAGGUCUGCCUUGUCAUUUCCAACUGUGUGGCUCCUUACCUCUUCCCUUACUUCAUACCCGUCUAUGGAGACAAGCUGCUACGAAGCAGAAAACGGCGGAAAAUCAACAUGCUUGUUUCCUGUGUGUGUGUGUGUGUGUGUGUGUGUGUGUGUGUGUGUGUGUGUGUGUGUGUGUGUGUGUGUGUGUGUGUGUGUGUGUGUGUGUGUGCAUAUGCAUCCUUCCCCUCCCUUUCUGUGCAGCGGGACACAUUUCUCACCCUCACAUUCACCAUUUCAUCACACCGAACAUCCGGGUGGCUGCUGGCGUACGAGAACACCAUGUCUUUCCACUUCAGCAACUACUUUGUUGGCUACUUGAGCGAGACUACAGCUACGCUUGCUGGAGCAGGCUUCACAGAGGAGAAAGAAAACCUGAAAUGGGAUAUGAGCGUAACGAAGCCUCUCUGUGUGGAGUUUCCUCGCUCCAUGGUGGAGGUGGUGACCUCCUGGAAUCUCCCCAUGUCUCGCUUUCUGCACACCUAUGUGUUUAGGAGCGCGCUCAGGUUUGGGGUGUUCUCCGCCGUCAUGGUGACGUACGCAGCCAGCGCCCUCCUCCAUGGUUUGAGUUUUCAUCUGGGCGCAGUGCUGAUAUCUCUGGGUUUCAUUACUUACAUCGAGCACGUUUUGCGUAAGAGGCUUGCCGUUAUUUUUAGUGCCUGCAUUCUGUCUAGGAAGUGUCCUCCAGGCUGCAGUCACCAAAACAAAAAGAAACGGUGGGUGUAUCUGAUCAACAUAGCAUUUAGCGCUUUGGCAGUACUUCACCUGACAUACCUGGGCUCGGUGUUCAACUCCAGCGUGGACUACACGGAGGAGGAGGAGGACGAUAUCACCCAUCACACCAUUCAGAAGUGGUCGGAGCUGAGCUGGACGAGCCACUGGGUCACAUUUGGAUGCUGGGUGUUCUACCGGCUCGUUCUCUAAUAACGGAGAGCAGAAGAGGAGGAGGAAGCAAUAACAAGGAGCAGGUUUUCCACUUCUGCACUGUGACUUUACCCUGCGUCAGUCUAAUGAAGCUACCUGCAGAGCUCAGGCUGCAUCAGUUAUCGGCAUGGUCCUUCUAACCUGCUCUGGGACCUGUUGCGUCUUUCUGAUCGUCUUUUCUCCAUUUCAAAUUCUUUUAAUCCGAGCCACACUUGUGGAGCCCUCCUGUUGUCUCGGUGACUCACCAUCAAUAGCUAUCAGUGCAGUGGAGGUGGCCCGCUCCUCUGCAGAUGUUCUCCAGAUGUGCUGCUCCUCUCAUCUCUGUGUGUAGUCACACUUAUGUUUGAAGGAUGGCACACUGAUGGCUGUCUGAAGUCUCACAGGCAGCAAAUCCACUUGAACGACCAAAAUCAAUAAUUGCCAUUGUUUGUCCCUCAGUACCGUCUGAUGGUUUCCGCCCGUCUUGUCUACGUGUUCCAUUCUGACAUCCAGAGUAUUUCACCUCAGCUGCUUGUUUGUCAUUCUUUGAGAAAGCCAAAUCAAAAGUCGUGAUAUUGGAUUUUGUCAACGCUGCUAGACAGGUGGAGCGUGAGCGAAGGAGGAAUAAAGAAACCUUAUUGUGAGUCUGGAUCGUGUGUGUAGAAGUAGCACCUGAGCUCUGCCGGUACCCGGCGACCUGGUUUGGUGCUUCGUUCCGUUUACAGCUCUUUGUGGCAGAUUCUUCUCAUCGGGAAGACAAACGUGAAGAAAAGACUGAGAAGGAAGCCGGCUGUGAGGCAGAAAUGUUACUGUAAUGAAUUACAUUCUGUGAUUUUUAGAAACCUAAACAGACUUUUGUAGUGCGGUAUCCUAGUGUUUGGAUUUUGUCAUGUGCUAUAUUGAUAAUUUCUUAAAAUAUGAACUUAUUUCCUUAAAAAUAUAUCCCAUUUGUAUUUUUACUCUUAAAAUCGGGGUAUUGAACACGUAUUACUGCAUAGCAAAGGUACUAAACCUACAUUUUGUACAGAAUGAAUUAGUACAGUAUGUGACGUAAAAGACUACGGGUUUUUACUACACAGCUGCUUUUAGGGGAUAAAGUGUGAUCAUUAAGAACAUGAGUGUGUUUCCUGGUGGAAGUGAGCUUCUAGAGCUCACCUGUUAGCUCAUGUGCUCCGUGUCUGCAGGCGCGCACGGAUACCACUCAAUACAAAAGCUGUUGUAAAUACCCUCCUCAGAUUUGUGCUUUUUCGUUGUUUCAUCCCUGUAAAUGUGAAGCUCUGACGCUCCUGUGAACUUUUUAAAAAUAAAAUUUUACAGAUAA